AUGAACGGACCGGCUCAGCGAUUUUUGCAAUUUAGGAAGAAUUCAGGAGAUGAUAGCGGGAAGAAAAACGGUGACAAGGGUCUUGUCAACUUGAACGGAUGUUACCCAUCUUUCGCCAAAUAUCCAACUUGGAAUGAAUAUCAGGAGAGAAUAUGCAGAGAUCUCGCCUAG